AUGUCAUCUUUAUUUUCAACUGAAAUUAUUUUAAAUAUUAGUUUGAAAUAUAAUAUUUACGUUAGUCUUCUUAUUGCAAUUAUUGGAUUGAUUGGUAAUUCUUUGAAUAUUAUUGUUUUUACUAAUUUAAAAUUAUUUCGAAAAAAUCAAUGUAUAUUUUAUUUAAUUAUUGAAGCUAUUGCCAACAUUGGUCAAUUAAUUAUACUUCUUAGUCUAAGAAUUUUAUUAGUACUAUAUGGUUCUGAUUUAUCACAAUAUUCAUUUAUAUGGUGUAAAUUUCGAUCAAUGGUAAUACAAAUAUUUUUACUUCCGUCAAUUUUAACUGUAUGUUGUAUGACAUUUGAUCAAUUUCUUUCAACAAGUUAUCUAUUUUAUCUAAGACAAAUAAGUACACUUAAAUUAGCUCGACAUUUAAUAUUUGGUAGUAUAUGUUUUUCACUUUUUCAUUCAAUUUUAUUGGGUCUUCUUUUUGAUUAUAAACCAUUGAUUACUUGUGCAAUUUUUAAUCCAGCAUUAAAUCGUUAUAUUUCAUAUUUUUUUUAUCCAGUUUUAUGUGGUUUUCUACCAAUUUCAAUCACUAUUUCAUGUAGUUUAUUAGCUUAUCGUAAUGUCCGUCGAAUUACUCGGAGACAAUUAAAUGUUGUUCGUCGACGUUUAGAUCGACAAUUAACAGCAAUGGUUUUGAUACGUGUUUGGUUUUUUAUUCUUUUCAAAACAACUUUUGUCGUGUAUCGUAUUUAUGCAAUUAAUACUAUCAUUGAUCCAACAGAUUCUAUGAGAUUAGCUAUAGAAAGAUUGAUUUUAACAAUUAUCAGUUCAUUACUCAAUCUCGAUUAUGCAAUCAAUUUUAGUAUUUUUUUUGCUUCAUCAUCACAAUAUCGUCGACAAGUAAAAUAUGUUUUGAUAAAAAAAGUUUGGCAACGAUGUAAACGAUGGUUUCGAUCUGAACAAAAUCAAAUUGAUCCUGCAAUAGAACUACGACCUACACACAGUAUUGAAUUCGACUGA